CAUAUUCAACCUCUAUUAGGUACACAUAGGCUUCAGUCAAUUAUCAUCAUCAACACCACCACCAGCAAUUAUGUCGGUCCCGUGGGAGAGACUCAUCCGUUUCACUGCCGAGGACGGCCGCGUGCUGCGCGGUGAGCCUAUCCUCCCUAGUCCUGAUUUCGACCUGGGGACGACAACAGAGGAGACGAAAUUACAAGCCAAGAUCAUCAAAGGGCACGAUAUUUACGACACCACCGGUAAGACGGUGGUCACUGAUGAGGUAGUCACGGUCAAGAAGCUCCUCGGCCCCCUGGCGCAGGCAGACGUGCCUAUCCUCCGCUGCGUGGGCCUCAACUACGCCAAACACAUCCGCGAGGCCGGCAGGAAGCCCCCUCCUUUCCCUUUCAUCUUCUUCAAGCCCAACACGUGCGUGCACGACCACGGCGCCAACAUCGUGGUCCCCAAGAUCGCCCAGGACGACCAGGCAGACUACGAGGGGGAGCUGUGCUUUGUUCUCGGCAAGGACGCCAAAGAUGUCUCCAAGGAGGAUGCCCUGUCGUACAUUGCGGCUUACACCGCCGGGAACGAUGUGUCUUCCCGAAAGCUGCAGCGAGAUCCUGCGUUUGCUGGCGUUGUACCUCAGUGGGGGUUCUCAAAGGGCUUUGAUACUUUUGCCCCGCUUGGCCCUUGUCUCGUCAGGGCGGACCUGGUAGGAGACCCGAGCAAGUUGGACCUCUCUACGAUUGUGAAUGGUGAAAUCAGGCAGCAAGAGUCUGUUAGUGACUUGUUGUUUGACUGUGCCUACUUGAUUUCGUAUUUAUCGAGUGGGACAACCCUUCAAGCGGGCUCUGUAGUUAUGACGGGAACCCCAGGAGCGCUAAUCUUGUUAUUUCUCGGUACAGGAGUUGGCAUGGGCCAGACACCAUCUCAGUGGCUUAAGCCUGGUGACCAGGUUGAUGUGAAGAUCAGCAAGAUUGGCACUCUUCGAAACGGUGUGGAAUAUGCAUGA